GCCACGUUGUGCGCCAUGAGUCACUACUUUCCCUUGUUAAUACUCUCAUCUUCUUCUUUGCUGGACUCUGAAACUCAGAGUGACAGGUCGUAUCAGAUCGACCAUGAAAAAAAAUCCAGAAGCACAAGAGACAGUGGAUGAGACGAGAGAAGCGUGCUGCAAAGGCGCAUGCGAAUCAAGUUCAAGAAAGCGUCUUGCUGAUGACAUAAUUCCUCACAUUCUCAAUCUAUAUGGGUCUCGUGCAACACCUUCCGACUUUGAAAUUUAUGCUCCAAAUGCUUCAUUUGAGGACCCACUGAUGCGGGCUCAAGGGUUGAAGCAGAUCAAGUCAGCAUUUUAUUCACUAUCCAAGGUUUUCAGUGAAUCAAGAAUUGUGGAAUACAACAUCCAAGAAAAUAUGCUUUCUCCCGAAAAUCAUGAGAUAUUGAUCGAUAACAAACAAUACUACAAAUUCUUUGGAAGAGACAUAAAUGUGACGUCACUCAUCAAGUUGUAUGCCUUGGAAGGAAAAAUUGUUCGUCACGAAGAUUGGUGGGAGAAGAAGCCUCUUUUGAACAGAGAAACAGUUAAAUUACCGCUGAUGGGCCGAAUUAUGGAACUGAGUCGUAGAGGUUCAAUGCUGGCAACUCAUGUUAUGAUGGGGUUUGGGAAGGACCCAUAACAUAUAUAUAUAUAUAUAUAUAUAUAUAUAUAUAUAUAUAUA